UCUUAUACCAGUGCGUGGUACACUGCGUUACACAGUCUAACAUGACGGUCGCUGAGAGUGGCUGCGAAACUAACCGUAAUAUGGAGGAUAGGAACUCGCCUGGUCCUUCCGAAGAUGGCGUCACAGGGACACCGAACGAAGCAGCCUUACGCGCGCUCAUGAAGCGAACUGGCUGCCCAAUAAGACAGUCAAAUGGACAGCGACGUUUUGGACCGCCGCCGGAUUGGAGUGGAGAAAUGCCACCACGAGGCUGUGAAGUCUUCGUUGGUAAAAUCCCAAGGGAUGUCUACGAAGACGAAUUGGUUCCAAUCUUCGAAACGGUGGGCAAAAUCUACGAAAUUCGUCUAAUGAUGGACUUCGAUGGACGAAAUCGCGGAUAUGCAUUUGUUGUGUAUACACAGAAGAAGGACGCCCAAGAUUGCAUCAAGAAGUUGAAUAACUACGAAAUAAGAAGAGGGAAGAUGCUUGGAGUUUGCUCCAGUGUCGAUAAUUGCAGAUUGUUCGUAGGUGGGAUCCCGAAGAAAGUAAAAAAAAAUGAAAUUAUGGAAGAAAUAUCCAAGGUGACGGAAAAUGUGGUUGACGUCAUAGUCUACCCUUCCGCAUCGGACAAAACGAAAAAUCGUGGUUUUGCUUUUGUGGAGUACGAGAGUCAUCGCGCUGCUGCGAUGGCCAGGAGAAAGCUGAUGACAGGGAGGGUACAACUAUGGGGCCACCCGAUCGCUGUUGACUGGGCGGAACCUGAGGCAGAAGUGGAUGAGGAUAUCAUGUCUCAGGUGAAAGUUUUGUACGUGAGAAAUUUAUUGCUGAGUACGACCGAGGAGACGAUAGAAGGCAUAUUCUCCCAAUAUGGUGAGGUGGAGAGGGUGAAGAAACUAAGGGAUUAUUGUUUUGUUCAUUUCAAGACAAGGGAAGAAGCUAGGAAGGCGAUUAACGGCAUGAAAGGUCAACAGAUUGAAAACAGCGAUGUGGAGGUGACUCUGGCUAAACCCGUGGAUAAAGAACAGCGCCAGCAACGGGCUAUGAGUAAAGCAAUUAUGGCAGCAGGUUCAUACAAUUACCCAAACCCUCCUGAUUACGUCAUACCAUACAAUGGUCCUUCAUACCCCUACACUGUCAAUCAACCUCUGUACCCGUUCCCCACGCCGAUGUCCAGUCCACAGCUGAUCAAGCCGCGUGGUCGUGGAAGGACUGCAGCUGGAAGUCGUGCAGCUGGGGGUAGGAAUUACUUGUUUCCAUGCUACCACCCUGGCGCGCGGCCGUUCUAUGUUCCAUCGUACGAGGACUACACGAAGAAGAGGACGCCCGAGGACCAUCUCUAUGACCUUCUACCGGGAAUGGAGUUGACACCAACCAACCCAAUCACACUAAAGCCACAAAAAUCCUCCACCCAGGUGUUGGAAGAUUUUUGCCUCAAGAACAACUGGGGCAAUCCUGUGUACACACUCCACAGUACCCAAGCGCCAAGCACAGAUAUGCAAUUAUUCGUAUACAAAGUUAACAUACCAGCAUUGCCAACGUUAUAUCAACCACAGAAACUGUGUCGAAGUGUGGAGGAAGCCAAGGCAUACGCAGCUGAAUACGUAUUACAACAAAUUGGAAUUCCUUUUGACGGUCCAGAGUCUCCUGUAUCUAGUGUUGCCGCGGUGGUUACAACUGCCUCACCUUACGUCACGAGACCAGUUGUACCAGUGACAUACGCAGUGACCAACGGCCGGGCAGGAGAGUCCGCAGGCUACCCUGGAUUCAUGCCCCUGGCAAGCCCCACCUCACCAGUCCUAACAAAGGUGCCUGGGGCGUGGCCAGGCGGGGUGCCGCCCUCACCAGAUCAGAACGGCGUCUACGGUGGUUUUGAAGGCUACGGAGAUCCACAAUACUCCGCUGGAAUGUACGCGCAAUAUUGAGCAGGUCAGAUCACGCAUGCGUAGAUGGCCAGGUAGAUCACACCUUUACAUAUUUCACUUUAUAUAUACCAGCAUGUACUCCGUUAUUUUCAUAUUUACUGUAAGCAAGUACCAAACGCAAUCGGCCGAGAUGUUUGCAGGUCUCAGUUAGACGUUUAUUUGUCAGUCGAUAGUGAUUAAACCAUGACAGUCCAGUUCGUCAUUUCAAACAAGUCUCAGAAUGAAAAUUCUUGUCGGAUCAUGUCAUACAUCAUUUUCUUUCAUAUCCAUUCAAAUAAAAUAUACUUCAUCCUGGACUGCCCAUUAUUCGCUGACCGAUAUCGUCUGGUGGGGCCCGCGCGCUAUGAAUUUUCACCUCACAACAAUUCUCGCCAAAAAAAUAUGCGCACGCAGAGUUGUAAAAAACACCGUUUAGGAAUAUUUAUGAACUAAUACCCGCAGGAGCGAGGUAUAGUUUUGUGUCCGUGUUCCAAUCAAUUUUCAAUCUUUGCAAUAAUAUAUCAAUCAAAUUACUGCCGAAUUUCCCAAGUACAACAACACUGACUCACUGACACCCAGGAAUAAAGCCUUAAACCACAAAAGGCAAUUUUUACUUUUAAAUGGAUAAAACUGGUCCAUAUAACGUAAUGUUUGGUAACCAAGCUCAGAGUAAUCAUGCUCAGAGUAAUCAUGCAUCUGAACACGUGUCAAACUUUUUUCGGAAAUGAUACAAUUCACCCAUAGUGCUUUGGGAAAUUCCGCACCAGACUUUGAUUAGUGUUAAUUUGCCCUGAAAACGUUUUCCGCGAGGGAUUAAUUUACUGCAUUUUAAAUGCUGUGAUGAUAGGAUUCAAUAGUCCAGAAUAAUGCAUAUUAUAUACUCAUAAUUAAAUACGGCUUCUCUAUAAGCCACGUAGUUUAAGCAAUGUUUUGAUUUAGUUAGUACAUAGCACCGUCUCGAAGGGUGUCGUAAGGUAGCAUGAUUGUUUUACGGGUCUGGCCUGCUCAAUGUGGCUGGACCUGUGUUUGUAAAGUUGUCAUGCUAUUUCCGCACCUAUAUUCCAACUGCUAUAUUUCAAACUUAAAGAGCGGUGCUGUAUAAAAACCAUUUGAUUGCUCGUUAAUUUUUGUCGUUAAUUUUGUACCCGUUUGUCCUGUAUAAAGUCAUGUAUACUAUAUUUAGGGAGCUGUAUUUGUACGUUUUGUUACACGUGAUAAUAUAUUUAGCUACUUAUUUACUAUUAUUUGUAUAUAUAUAUAACCCAGAUGUUUAUUUUCCAGUAUUGUAGCAUAUAAACUUUGACAUAGAAGGGACAUUGAUUCGUAUACGAUAGCAAGUCUUUUAUCAUUCGAAGUUUAAGAGCUGCCUUAAUUACACUACCUAACUAAAACUAAGAACCUCUAAUAUUCGAUCAUAAUUAACAUAAAAUGCGAUGUUGCAGCCACAAUUUCCCUUCUACAAUUUACUAACAUGAUCUUCCCUCAUGGGCCGGGCCCGGAAAGAUCGCCAUCAAUUUUGAUUCUCAUCAAAAGCAAUCAAAUAUGUAUAUAGAGCCUUGGAUGAUGAAAAAUGAUCGCACAUUUUUUAAGACUAUGUGCACACGGUAUUAUUUUCGAGCGUUUUCACAUUCGUUUUCACGCCAAAACGGUUUCAAACACCGUCAAUUUUCAAUAGAAGUUGAAGCUAAUUUAACAUAUUGAGCAUAUUUUCCCCUGGACCGUGUGGACAGGGCGUCCAAGCGAUAAACUAAAUAAAAAGGUUUUUGAAAACGCUCGAAAACUACGCUCGUGUGCGCCUAAAUUUGUACAUUUCUUCACACUAAUCUGUUAUAUAGCCAAACACAAAAAAUUCAAGGUGCCAACUCGCAGUCAACUGCGUUCUAGUACCUUACAAGCACUCCUCCUCAACGAUACAUUGUUUUCAAUAAAAAGCGAUUCAAUUUUCAUCAUUUGAGGCUUUACCAGCAAUUUAGCCAAAGCCUGAUUAUGGUGAAGUAUGUACCAUCAUUGAUUAAUCAAUCUUUAGAAUAUCCUUGCUGGCUGGCUAGCUGGAUGUAAGCUCAGGUUAUUUAUUAGAGUGUACAGUCAACGGAAUGGAUAGAUCUAUUUUUAUGAACGAAUUUAGAAAUGCCAUCAUUGGGAAUGUAAAAUUGAAAACUAUAAUCUAAGUUAUUGUUGCACUGUGACUCAAUAAAUCGAAUGGGGAAAAAUUAUAGGAAGGUUUACAUACCAUGAUUUGGCAGGAAUAAGGAUCAUCUGAUUUUUAUUUGCGAUGAAAAGGUCAAAGAACAUCAUUUGGUCAUCUAGAUAAACAAUGCAGAUCACAGUAUGUAAACAUACCUGACAUCAAUUUUAUGGGGGUUUUUUCCAAGUGAAUGGCUUAGAGCUAGGGAAAGCUAUGGUACCAUAGUUCUAUCUUACAGGAAUCUUUGCCAUUUCACUCAAAGUUUAAAGAGUUUUUUGUUUAUUUUGUUUCCUAAACCAACACCAAUAGUCCAGGUAUAUUUUCACCUGUUUGUUUCUAUGUAGUUUCAAAACAUAUAUUUUUGUAGUUUUACUAGUCUCUUUAGAAGUCAUUUUUAACACUUAGCUAAAAUACUUUCUUAUAUAUUUCUGGUUUGUUGACACAUUCUAGUGUCAAGGAGAGGGGUGGUAACAGAUGUUCAUGAAGGCUAAUGAAUUAGAAGGGAGAAAAACAUACAACAUUUGAACUUCAAUUCAAUGCCAAAUUCCAUGCCUUCUUCAUUGCCUUCAGGACAGAUCCAACAGACAUCUGUUAUCAAUGAAAUGUAUUAUUGUUUUUCUGAAUGUUUUUAAUAAAUUUAUUUCCUCUGG